CUUCACGACGUGGGACUUGAAUGUCUUGAUAAGUGUGAAAGUAACCGUUUUGCCCCGCCUUGAGUUUGCAAAUCGCUCAAGAAUUCUUGCAAGUGGGGUGCGGCUAUAAAUGUUAUUUUUCAAUGAUAGGAAUUCCACUGUGUACAGUUUUAAUAUGAUAUGAGAUUUCAGUGAUAGUUGUUGCAUCUAAAAUCGGUUCAGUGAGAGUGAGAGCAUCUCUUCGUAAAAAUGGCGUGGUCUAGUUUCGUUUGUUUUAUAUUUAUGAUUAUCCUUAAUUUAUCAACAGCCCAAUACCCCCCGAGACUUCAAAUUCCAGGAGCAUCCUUAUUAGACAAUUCCAGGUCAGCUCAACUUAGACAGCAAAGGCUCAACGCUCAAGAUUUCAUUCCCAGACCUAGACGACCUAGUCAGUUGGCGCUUCCCGCUAGAGAAAUUCGUCCCGUUGUAGAAGAAGAACAGGAGAACUAUCCUCAACAGUCCCUGGCAUCAUUUGAUGCUGAAGUUAAUAAACUGAGUAUUCCAGCUCUGUCUACGGCCAUAAGGCAAGCUGCAGAACAAGAAGAAGAACCUACAUUAAGACCUUCUCCUCUUCCAUUUAGACCUGAAAGGCCAAUACCAAUUACCAGAGAACGACAGGUAGAAAUAUCAUCAUCUAGACCAACACCAUUGCCAGUAUUAAGACAAUCUGUUCAAAAUAGACAGAUUCCAAGACCAAUAAGACCUGUAGUUAGACAAGAACUAGAUGACGACGAGGAAGAAAAUAUUCCAAGACAACCUAUAAGGCAAAAGGUUAGAGCACAACAACCACAAGUAUUUAAACCAGCACCUCUUAGACCAGCAACUAGAUCUCAGUACGAUGACGAUGGUUCAAAUAAAAAGAGAAAACCAGUUGUACAAAUUUUAAGGAAAUACAGAACUGAUAACCCAGACGGUACUAUUACUUGGGGAUUCGAGAACGAAGACGGUACUUUCAAGGAAGAAACUUUGGGUAUCGACUGUACUAUCAAAGGAAAAUAUGGUUAUAUAGAUCCAGAGGGAACUAAAAGAGAAUUCGAAUAUGAAGCUGGCAACAAAUGUGAUCCCAAUCAAGCUGCACUCGAUGAAGAGGAAGAAGAAGCAUUAGAAAAUGCUCAAAGAGCGGCGCCCAAAAGGCCUGUUAACUCUGGAAAACAGCCCCAGUUUCAAUAUAGGCCGCAGUUAGCUCCAAAUUAAGCUGAUUGUAAAUUGCCAUGCGUAUUUAAUUUUUUUUUAUAUUUUUGUUAAUAAAAUUUUUACCUACAACAA